AUGUCAACACCACUCAGCUUGAGAUGGGAACACAUUCCUUACAGCACACAAGGAGAUAAUCUCCCCACAGGAGGUGGAAUUAGUCAUACCAUCAUUGAUGAAUAUCGAUUUGCAGUGUUUGGUGGCCUCGGAUCCAGACGAUACAAUGAAUUGUAUAUUUUCAAUACUAGGAGCAAUGAGUGGUUGAAGGCUUCGAUGGAGAACGCCCCUUCUCGGAGAUGUAAGGCUUCUUUGUGUUGCAGAGAAAUUCAAACAUUAUCACCCAAAGACAGUACAACCGAAGUGGUCAAGAAUUACAAGUUGUAUGUUUUUGGAGGUUGGACCAAUGAGGGUAAAACCAAUGAUCUCUAUGAAUAUGAUGUAGCACAAGAUGAAUGGAAACAACUCAAGCCCAACAAUGCAUCGUCAUGUUCGCCGCCAGAAAGAAGCGCUCACUCUUGUGCUGUCGUUGGAAAAUACAUGUAUCUCUAUGGAGGAAUUGGGAAUAAGAAAUAUGGUGACAUGUAUCGAUAUCACUUUGAGAAGAAUGAGUGGGAAUGUGUCAAUUCUAUGAAAGGAGAUGUACCCUUGCCUAGAUCGUCAUAUGGAGGUUUGAUAACGUUGGUGGGGAGUAUUCCAUCAAUGCCUCAAUUUUUAGUGACCUGUGGAUUGGUAAGUUUCAGCGUUUCAAAUCGUGUUCUUAUCAAAACGAACAAAGCAGCUGGUUCAGAAUGUUCUGGAGAAUGCUUUUCUUUCAAUACAUCCACGAAUGAAUGGAAAUUAUUGAAGCAGAUCAACCCACCUCCAAAGAGAGAAAGUGCAUGCUGCGUCAUUUUAAACCACAAGUUGUACAUGUUUGGUGGGUGGGGAGGUGACGCAAAAUUUUUCAAUGACAUGCAUGUUGCCACUUUUGAAUGA